CGGGACCUGAACGGGACCUGAACCGGACCGAAGCCGGGCCGCAUUUACACUGUAGCAGCACCGAGCCGGGCCGGGCUGAGCCGGGACGUGUCGGUUCUGCAGCGGUUCGGUUCUACUGCGGCAGCGCGGGUUUGCGCUCCGAGGUGGAUGAGGAUGAUGAUGACAAGCUUUUCCUCUUCAGACAAGAUGAAGAAGAAACCGGCGAAGGACAGCCUGACCCUGCUGCCGUGCUUCUACUUCGUGGAGCUGCCCAUCGUGGCGUCGUCCAUGGUGUCUCUCUACUUCCUGGAGCUGACCGACGUGGUGCGGCCCGCUCAGGUGGGCUUCCGCUGCCACGACCGGGACCUCAGCAUGCCGUACGUGGACGGCGGGGACGAGCUGAUCCCCCUGCUGAUGCUGCUGAGCCUCGCCUUCGCCGGCCCCGCCGCCUCGAUCAUGCUGGUGGAAGGAUUCAUCUACUGUCUUCAGUCCCGUCUCAAGCUCCGCAGAGCUGAAGGCAGCAUCAUGGCUGGAGGCUGCAGCUUCAACUCCUUCCUGAGGAGGACGGUCCGCUUCGUAGGUGUGCAUGUAUUCGGGCUGUGUGCUACGGCGCUGCUCACUGACAUCAUCCAGCUGUCCACGGGUUACCACGCCCCCUUCUUCCUCACCGUCUGUAAACCCAACUACACUCUGGCAGGCGUGUCAUGCAACAGAAACGCUUACAUCACCAAAGACAUCUGCUCGGGGCACGACCAGCACGCCAUCACAGCAGCCAGGAGGACGUUCCCUUCCCAGCAUGCAACUCUGUCGGCCUUUGCAGCAGUUUAUGUUUCUAUGUACUUUAACUCCACUAUCUCUGACAGCACCAAGCUGCUGAAGCCUGUCUUAGUUUUUGCGUUUUCCAUCGCUGCGGCAUUGACUGGUCUGACGCAGAUCACACAGCACCGCAGCCAUGCCAUCGACGUCUACGUGGGCUUCCUCAUCGGAGCCUUUAUCGCUGCAUAUCUGGCGCUGCACGCUGUUGCCAACUUCAAGUCUUCUGAUGAUGUCACACAGGCCCCCCCACCACCACCACCGAAGCAGGACCCUCUUCGCGCCCUGACGGAGCGAGGACAUGAGUCCGUCUACAACAAGGGCCCCGCCUCCGCCUCUGAGAGCAACGACGAGAUAGCGGCGGCUCCGGCCCCCCUGGACCGGCUGGAGGGCCUGGGGUCUCUGCAGAGAGAGCAGUCCAUGGGGAGCCUGAAGAGGGCCAGCGUGGAUGUGGAGCUGCUGGCCCCACGGAGCCCUAUGGGCAAGGAGACCAUGCUGACCUUCAGUAACACUCUGCCCAGGGCUAGCAUCAAGGUUGACGGGGUGCUGCACUCAACCGAGGGCCUCGUGGGACCGGAGGGUCCAGAAGAACUGGUGCAGCCGGCGCAGACGGUGCAGCGGCGCCUGAAGGCGGUGCAGGUUCCCGUUGACCCGAUGCGGUCGCAGCAGCUGGUUUCAGAGUGGAAGCAGAAAUCCAUAGAGAUGCGAGGCCUGGGCUCUCGUGACGAGGUCAGCGAGGACAGCUCCGAGAUGGGCUCAACCGAUGACUCCCAGGCCCCCAUCUACCAUCACACCGUCCACUACGGGAGGUCCACCCGCAAUGCAACCCCACCCCCAGGUGGCAUCAAGGCCGUGGCGACUCCCAGAGCUCCACAGAUUCCUGAGGCAGGACCCCCGCCAGUGUCCCCAAAGAGUGCCUUGACACGCGCCAAGUGGCUCGCCAUCCGGGAGAAGACGAGCGGGGAGGGGUCGGCCCGCAGCGCAGCCAACCAGCCCAGACUCAUGCAAGUGAUCGCCAUGUCCAAGCAGCAGGGCCUCCUCCCGUCUUCCUCCUCCGGGGAAAGGUCCUCUGAGACCACCUCCACCUGCUCCGGAGCCUCCUCCAACACAGACUCGCCCCACUACCAUCCGCCCUCCGAGUCUCAGCGGGAGGGGCUAGGCAUCGUCACCGUGGAUGCCCAUGCUCCUCACCACCCCGUCGUUGAAGUGCCGCCCCCUCCUCAGGCCCCGCCCUUGGCAGGUAAUGGAAACCCAUGGGAGUGGGCCUCGGUUUCCAACGGGGGGGACACCCCACGAGACGCAUAUGACCUCAACAAGCUGAAGCGAGGAGACUCGGCUGCCCGCGGCAGCAGCUUCUGUCCACGCCGCUCAGCCUCGCCCCGAACAGCCAUGGAGUCCUCCCAAGCGCCGCCUCACCCGCCCAUGGAGACGUCAGCCGACGCUCAGCGCCGGGAGACAGCUAUGAGGCGCAAGACGGCACUGAUCCUACUGGAUCGGGAGAUCCGCAACCAGACUGAACAGGAAAACUACUAUAAGUGUCUGCAGGGCGGGCGGUUGAAGGAUUAGCCUUGUACUCUUUCAAAAUAAAAGCCUUAUUCUGAGACUGACCACCGAGAGGACUGAGGUAGUACAAGUUCUGAAUGUUUCCAACUUCCUGCUCUGUGAUUCAGCACUGUGGACGGUUCUUCUCCAGCACCGCCGGGUCCUGUUGUGUACGGACCACAAAGGUGCAAGGAGUCCCUGCAGCCACUAGGGGGCCCAGGCUAGGAGGACAUCUACAAGAUCCAGUAUUUUCUGCUGAAAUUAGGAGCUGGUCGCAAAUGUAUACACUCAGAAAAUUGGUAUUCUCACGUACACAUUGUGUGUGUGUGUGUGUGUGUGUGUGUGUGUGUGUGUGUGUGUGUGUGUGUGUGUGUGUGUGUGUGUGUGUGUGUGUAUACAUAUAUGUACAUACACACA